UUCUGCUUACAAACGUUUUUCCCCUAUUUUCCCUCUUUCCCCAGUUCCACCGCCGAUCCGAUAGCUUCGUUUCCUCUCUCUCUCUCUCUCUUUUUCCCAAAAACAAACAAAGGAAACAAAAAUCACGAGAAAUCUGGGGAUUCGAGAAGAAAAAUUAAAACGAACAAACAAACAAACCACACAAAAAAGAGAGGAACAAAAAUAAAAAUCUUCGUCAAUCGUCAUCAUUGAUCACUGAAUAGCCACUUUUUUUCCUUUUCUUUGCUUUACCGUGACCUUAUAUUAAUAAUCACAGCCCUAAACUUUUUCUUCAUUUUAUUCACUGAAUUCGAAAUUCUCAGAGAGAUUAGAGAGAGAGAGAUACAAUGGAGAAGAAGAAGUAUCCGAUUGGAGCUGAGCAUUACACGCUUUACGAAGAGGUCGGUGCCGGCGUGAGCGCUUCGGUUUAUCGUGCUCUCUGUACGCCUCUCAACGAGGUCGUCGCUGUCAAAAUCCUCGAUUUCGAACGUGACAAUUGCGAUCUGAAUAAUGUUUCUCGUGAAGCACAAAUAAUGAACUUGGUUGAUCAUCCUAAUGUCCUUAAAUCACACUGCUCGUUUGUCAGUGACCAUAAUCUGUGGGUUGUCAUGCCAUUCAUGGCUGGGGGAUCUUGUCUUCACAUACUGAAGGCUGCAUAUCCUGAUGGUUUUGAAGAGCUAGUUAUAGCCACCAUUUUACGAGAAGUGUUGAAGGGUUUAGACUAUCUUCAUCAUCAUGGCCAUAUACAUAGAGAUGUAAAAGCUGGGAAUAUUCUCAUUGAUGCACGUGGUGGAAUCAAGCUGGGAGAUUUUGGUGUUUCUGCCUGUCUUUUUGAUUCAGGUGAUAGGCAACGCAUGAGGAACACAUUUGUUGGCACACCUUGCUGGAUGGCACCUGAAGUUAUGGAGCAACUGCAUGGAUAUGACUUCAAGGCCGAUAUCUGGUCAUUUGGUAUAACUGCUUUGGAACUUGCCCAUGGUCAUGCUCCUUUCUCAAAGUAUCCUCCAAUGAAGGUACUGCUCAUGACCUUGCAAAAUGCACCCCCUGGCCUUGAUUAUGAAAGGGACAGGAAGUUUUCUAAGUCAUUCAAGCAGAUGAUUGCUAGUUGCUUGGUAAAAGAUCCUUCAAAACGGCCUUCCGCAAAGAAGUUGUUGAAGCACUCCUUCUUCAAGCAAGCUCGGUCAAAUGAUUAUAUUGCACGAACACUUUUGGAGGGCCUGCCUGCUCUUGGUGAUCGCAUUAAGGCAUUAAAGAGAAAGGAGGAAGAUAUGCUUGCACAAAAGAAAAUGCCAGAUGGCCAGAAGGAGGAAAUUUCACAGAAUGAAUAUAAACGAGGAAUUAGUGGUUGGAAUUUCAAUCUUGAAGAUGUGAAGGCCCAGGCUUCCCUGAUCCAGGAUGUUGAUGACCCUCUAACUGAUUGCAACCAAGGGAGCGCAAAUUCUUUGUCUGCGCUUGAUGUACCUGAAAAGCAAUUGCAGUUUCAAGACUCUUUUCAAGUUGCAGAGCUGGAAGAUAAUGAUGUGAUCCAGAACCAACCAAUGCUUUCUCCAUUAGUUGACUCAACUAUAAAUGAAGUCAAAGUCAAAUGUGAAAAAUCUGAUGACGACUCCAGCAUUGCUAGUUCAUGCCAUGAACAGCACAUUUCACAGAAUUCUUCACCCUGUCAUGAUGAUCUUGCUGAAAGUAAAGGAGAGAGUGAUAAAUUGCAAAAUCUAUCCCAGAACACUACAAAUUGCUCUGCAGCGACAGUUAUGCAGGCAGUAGAUGAUGUGCUAUCUGAAGUUCCUUCUAAAUCAUCAAAAUCAUCAGCAAACAGUGAUGAGUUUGAUGAGAAAGCAAAGGCACCUGUUGUUCAGCAGAGAGGACGUUUCAAAGUUACCUCCGAAAAUGUUGACUUAGAAAAGGUGGCCCCGAGUCCCAUACUGCAAAAGAGUCACAGUAUGCAGGUGAUUACCCCACAUCCUGCAAUUCCUCUACCAUCAACUCUACCGUCACCUCUACCAUCACCUCUACCAUCUCCUUGUGAUGCUUCGUCAUUAAAUCUUUCUGGCUAUUAUCUUUUUCCAGCAUUGAAUACUGUUUUGCAGACAAAUAUUGUUCAAAGGGAAAGUAUUUUAAGUUUAAUGAAGCAAGUUGCUGGAGGUGACACUACAGCCAACCGUGCAGUCGAUAGAGGAGGCAUGCCUGCACAAAUUGCUGCAAUGGAGAAAUCUUUGCUUGAAGCAUCCCAUGAUAGGGAAAAAGAGUUACUUCAAGAAAUAACUGAGUUGCAGUGGAGGCUCAUAUGUGCCCAAGAUGAGCUUCAAAAAAUAAAAACAGAAAAUGCUCAGGUUAAAAUGUGAUAUACUUUUAUCACAUGCCUUGUUUGGGUUGUAAAGAUAGAAUUCUAACAUAUCAGUUUCAGGUAUGAUUCCACUAACCAACCUGUGCUCGGGUGGAUCUUGAACAAAUUCUUCGAACUCCAGAAUAAAAACUUAGUCUUAAAAGAAAAGGGGGAAAAAAAAGAUACAUUUACCAGUAGUUAUAUCAUUUACUACUACAGGUUUAUAUUAUAUGUAUUAUAGGUUUGUUUUCUUGUAGUAGGUGAUGAGAAACAAAUUAUUAAGAGUUCUCCAACUAGUGCAGAUUCAUUAUUGAUAUAAUCUUUGUACAUGGUUUUAGUA